AUGGCACCCAGCAAAUGCUUGCUGACCAAAGAAAAUUCUGGAUUGUGGGCAGAGAUAUAUGAAGUUGCUGUGGAUGAUGAGGGGCCCAGAUGGCAGAAGAUUGUGGAGGACACUGUCCCAAUCAAUGUGAUCAUUCUGAAGGAUGGGCCAGAGACCGUGUUCCAAGUGACAGCAUACAACAGACAUGUAGAGAGGGUGUUUGAUGUCAAGAUUAAGCAACCAGGGACUGUAUUCAGCCAGUCCUCAGAUUGCUUCCUCCACUGGAAGGAUGGGCCAUGUGAGUGGGGACUUAACUUUGCAUCAGCUGGAGAUGCCAAAAAAUACAGGGACUGUUGCUCACACCCUAUCCAGCAAUGGUUCCGCAGGAAAUCACCUUCUUCUAGUUCACUCAAACUCAGUCCUCCAAAGCGUUGGCGCAGUAAACGAGGGAAGUCGGCACCAGGAUCUCCAGUGUCCAAGCCAAAAAGAUCGGUUUCUUCUCCUGAAGAGAUAACACAUGGGGGUUUUGAAGAUCUUGACCCAGAUUUUGAAGAAUAUGGUGCCCCAGUUAGAGCAAAGAGUCGCAGUCUAGCACAGAGUGUGGCCACUAUGCCUCGUGUGCGCCAGCGUAAUGUGGCCGACUCACGGGACCUGUUUCCAGACAGUGACAUGUACAGUGGUCCCUCCUCAGAUCUCUCUAUGUAUGACAGUUACCACUCCUCACCAAAGAAAGGGGCCUAUGACCCCAAUAAAGGUGGCUCUUUGAGAGAGAGACAGGAAAGGAGGAGGCCACAUGGAAUACCUUUCCCUUCUAAAGUUAGCACAUUAAAUGAGGAGGACCUCAAGUCAAUAUUAUAUGAAGGAGGAGGGGGAGGGGGAGGGGGACUACACAGUGUGAGCAGUCGUCAAGGAAGCACCAGUGGGGCAAGUGCCAUGGCAGGUAGUGAACUGUCCUCACCAAACAGCGACAAGGGUAUCCCGCCUCCUCUGCCACCAAAGCUGGAACCACUGAAUUUGUCCCGUAACAGUCGAGAACAAUCUGUGCCAAAAUCUUCCUCCUCUGAGGACUGGCCCGCACCCCCUGACCCCAUAGCCCCCAUGACCCCCCAGACCCCUAUCAUGAAUGCAGACUUUGACCCAGACUCUAUAAAACGCAUGCUGCAGGACUUCCCAGAAAACUCAAAUAGUGACUUAAGCUACAAUGAGCAACAACAACAACAGCAGCAGCAACAGCAGCAGCAGCAGCGAGGUACACAUUAUUCACGUACUGUAAGUCAUGAGCCCACAUCAUCAUCAUCAAUGUCUCAGCACAGGAAUCAUAAUAAUUCCCAUCAUGUAAAUAGAGUUCAGAGCCUCACCAUGUAUGAUCGUAAUUAUAAUAAUGGAGGGCAUCAAUCAUCACACACUGCACAACUCCCCAAGUCUCCAACAUCUCCAAGCAUGAAGGAGGAUGGUUCUUUCUUCUCUGACCGGGACUCGCAGAGGUCGGGGAAGGACAGGAUGCUGAUGGAGUAUGAGCUGGCCCUCAGGAACGCCUGCGCCAAGGACAGUUAUCCAGACAGUGGGAUAGGGGGCACUGCAUCAGAGGCUGCCGGGUCUGUGAGGUCAGGUGGUAGCUCAAAAUCUGGAUCCAAAUCUUCAUCCACUCUCACACCAGGUGCCAGUGUGAGCAGCAGCAGGACCAAGUCUAAGUCCAAGUCCAGUAGCAGUGGUGGCAGUGGAAAGGGGAGUCACUACACGCGUCAGGAGAGCACUGAAGUCACUCAGUUUGUGGCCUCUUCAGAGGGUUCUGAUGAUGAGGCAGAGGACAGUGAUAGUGACAGCAGUAUUCAUACCAUGCCUUCAGAGUCACAGGCUUCAUUUGCCAGGCAGACAGGGGCAACCAGGAAAGCUGGGUGGCUAACUGUGAAGAACUGGCUGAUCCACAAGAAAAGGAAGGUGGAGCUAGCUCCCAAGAGGAACUGGAAGAAGUACUGGGUGUGUCUCAAGGGGACCACGCUGCUCUUCUUUACCUGUGAUGACCAGAACUCUAUGAAUGUGGCUGAGAAUGCAUUGCCAAGACAUAUGCUGGUGAUAGAAGGCGGAGUAUCACAAGCUGUGCCAGAACAUCCGAAGAGGGAAAACAUCUUUGCACUCAGCACGGCCUUUGGGGAUGCCUACUUGUUUGAGGCUCCCUCACAGAUAGAACAAGAGAAUUGGAUCUCUGGUAUCCAUUCAGCUUGUGCUUCAUUAUUUGCAAGGCAGCAUGGAAAAGACAAUACAUUAAAACUUCUGAGAAGUGAAAUACAUAAACUAGACAACAGUAUUGACAUUGAUAUCAAGAUGAAGAAGAUGGCUGAUCUUCAGCUCACUGUGGUGUCUGACACCAAAAGUAAACAUGCAAUAAGUAAACAGAUUGCUCAAUGGGAGGAGAAUUUGGAGAAACUGUACAUAGAACAAUACAGACUCAGGUGCUACAUGGCCUCACUGCAAGGAUCUGAAUUGCCAAAUCCAAAGACAUUACUGACAAAUGUGUCAAAGUCCACAAAGACGACCCUGGCCAGGCUAGGUGUGUUCACCGUCACCUCAUUCCACGCUCUGGUGUGUGCACGGACACCCCUUACCAUGGCAACGUUAUAUAACAAAGCCAGCAAGAAGAAAGGAAAGUUGUCCACUUUUAUGGCAGAGGGGGGAAACAAGCUGAGAUCAAAGACACCAACUGGGGCACUUAGUCCAUCCAAUGUGAAAUCAUUCAAAGAGAUAGACAUUAAUGAGGAGGAGGAGAGCAGCUCUGAGUACAUGUAUGGUGGUGACACAGAGGAAUCCUCCAGGCUGGGGACACUUACUGACACACUCAACUUUGGGGACAACCUUCACAAAGUCUUAUUACCAAACAAUCAGAACCUGGUGAUAGCAGUUCAGGGCAGGAUGACAGUACAGGAGGUCUUGGAGACCGUGUGCAAUAAACGUCAGCUGAACCCAAAUGACCACUUUGUGCGACUUAAACUGCCUGGACAGGAGGUGUACACCGUGCCUGACAAGAUGUCCUUCAUGGAGAGAGAGACCUAUGAGAAGAUAGAAGUAUGUGCCAAGAUCAUCUUCCAGCUAGAACUGCGGCGGUCACAGUAUGAUGCUGACUUUGGAUUCAGUGUAGAGGCAGAGCUGGCUGAGGACUCAGAGAGAGAUGACGAACUCUGUAUCUUCAUCAGUGAAGUCAGGAAAGGAGGACUGGCAUACAGAAAGGGACUGUAUGUUGGAGAUGAGUUACUGGUUAUCAACAGUAAGGUGGUCUCAGACCUGGACAUGGUGUUUGUAGAAACUCUCAUUCAGGGCGCCAAACUGCUUUGUCUCACCAUUCGCUCAUGUCGCACUGAGCGCCCACCGUCAUCACGGCAGAUGGAGCACGUGGACAUCCACAUAGACAACAUGGUGUGUCCUCCCCCGCCCUCGCAGUCCAGGAUCAGUGACAAGGUGAUAGAUGAACUCAUAGUGCCAGCACCUAACUGGGUUCAAGAAGACCCUAACACAGGUGAUGUUGUGAUCCGACCCAUGACCCCUCCCCGUAUGAUGCCAGGAUAUUCCACAGAGCAGAUCCAUCUUUUGCUACAGAAAUCUGAGCAAGUCACCCAGCUUGUGCGUCAGUCAUAUGAGCGUGACUUUGUGGAGGGUCCUUCUGUCCCCCUGUCCUUGCCAUCUAAGGAAUCCGAGUCCUCCUCUAAACCCAUGUCACAUGUACAGAAACUGAGGAAAGUGACCAUGGAGCUCAUAGACACUGAGAGGGCUUACGUCAAGGAUUUAAACUGCCUGAUAGAACGUUACCUUGAGCCCCUGAAGGAGGAGACAUUCCUGACCAGUGACGAGAUUGAGGCAUUGUUUGGCAACAUCCAGGAAAUUGUGCAGUUCCAGAAGCUGUUCUUACAGAGUCUAGAGGAGGCAGUGGACAUGGAGCCAGAUUUUCUCACUUUCUCUGACCCAAAACAGUUCAGGAGGAUAUUGUUUUCCCUUGGAGGCUCAUUUCUCUACUAUGCCAAUCACUUCAAGUUGUACAGUUCCUUCUGUGCUAGUCACUCCAAGGCACAGAAAGUCCUUCAGCCAGAGACCAAUUCUCCACUGAGAGAGUUCUUGCGUGCCAGGAACCCCAAGCAGCAACACUCGGCCACCCUGGAAUCCUUCCUCAUCAAACCCAUCCAGAGGAUCCUCAAGUACCCCCUGUUACUGAACCAGCUGAGGAGCCUCACUGUGCCAGACACUGACGAACAUUAUCACUUGUCUGAGGCUCUGAAAGGCAUGGAAGCAGUGGCAGAACAUAUCAACGAGAUGCAGAAGAUUUAUGAAGAAUAUGGCAGCGUGUUUGAUGACCUUGUUAGGUGUUACAAAGAGGCGCACUCAUUGGAGAAGGAAACAAUAGAGCUGAAUGUAGGUGACUUACACAUGUAUGGCGCUGUGGAAUGGCUGAAUGCCUCUGAUAAGGUUGGCCGUCUGAAGAAGGGUAAUGAGCUGGUCACCAUCCUCUUUGUCUUCAAGUCUGGGGUGGUGCUGUUAUGUAAAGAGAGACCAAAGGCAAAGAAGAGAAAUAGGCCAGCCUCAGUGCGUGGUUCAAUUGUGGACCAGGAGAUAACACGCUACCAGACAGUGAUCCCAGUGAAUGCAGUGCAGGUCCGCAGCCACUCGAAUAACGAUGCUCACACACAACUCUACUGGGAACUGCUGCACAUGAAGUCUGAGAAGGAAGGGAGACCAGAAAAGGUCUAUCAGAUGGCCAACAGCACGUUAGAAGCCAAGAAUGACUUUAUGCGCACCAUACGCCAGAUCAUACGUGACAGCGUGCGACAGAUGAGGCUGCCAUUAAGUAGUACUCCAGGCAGAGGCAAGGGAUACAUUCCUUAUGGAGGAAAGAGAAUGGCGGCACUGACUGGAAGUAAUCAGCGUAGCCUCAGCAAAAAACGUGGUCAGCGUGUACGCUCUGCUAUAGAGCGCCACUCCAUGGAAUUUGAUAAUGAUUUCAAUGUUCUUGACCAAGAUGAUCUCAGGGCAAGGAGCAUGACUUUCAGUGACCUGAACAACACAGAUGCUGACAGCACCAGUGAGGGUGGGUACCCCACGUCUGCUCACUCCCAGGCCAGCAUAGACAGCAGGAGUAGCACAGGAUCAGCCAAACUGGUUCAUUCCAGUCACAAUCCAUUGAAUUAUUCCCCUGCCUCAUCAUCUAUGGGGAUAACAGUGGAACUGGGGUCACCUAUAUGGAAGCCAAGAGACACCCUGGAAGAGGAGUUAAAGACCCCAGUUCCAUUUGAGGAUGAGGAUGACUCAGCAACUUUGAUACUGACUUCCCCAUACAGUGAUUAUUCUAGUACAGUUUAUGUAGAGGAUAACAAGGCAUUGUUGAUUGCCCCACCCUCUGCUUAUGUUGAACAGGGUGACACAGAGUGCUAGCAUUUCAUGACACUAGGUUGUGUACUGUUUGUUGUAUUGACCCUUAGAUCUAACUGAAUGAAGUUUGCUUAAUUUUCAUGGAGAAGACCUCUAUGAAUUUUAUUGUACUGUUUUAUUCUAUUUUCUCUUUUGAUAUUUUUUAUAUUUAAAAAGAAAAUGCUCAGCAAACAGGUUAGAAUUGAUACAUUUAUUUGGCAGGGUUGAUAUAUAUAUACAUGUACCUUGUCUGUAGGAUGGAACAGGGUGAAGAUUUUAAGACAGGUUUUUUUAGGAAUUGUCUGAGUAUGGGAU